AUGUUAUUCCACUAUUUAACGCUAGUGCUCCUACUCCCACCGUAUCUAUCCGCUCAAAGAGACUACACAUCUAAAGCUAGAUGUUGGAGCAGUGGGAAUGGAGCGCCGGCACGAUGGUGGAACGAUGGUGAAACGAUAGUCAGAGGUAAAUAUUGGUACGAAUGCAAGGGAAGUCGACUGGAACCUCGUGGUUGUGUGACGGAAACGAAUCGAAAGUUGAACGUCGGCGCAACCAUAGAGGCUGGUGGUUACGUGGCCAAAUGUGAAAUAGGACCGGACGGUUAUCUACAGUUCCGCUUUAUUGCAUGUAUUGGUGAAGGGAAUCGGCAUCAUCGAGUCGGUGAAACAUGGGCUGAUGCAGAGAACACCUACUACUACAAAUGUGAGCAAGAUGGUCCAUUUUUGAAGAGUAAACCAAAAGGAUGUGUUACGCAUGACAAGCGGAGGAAAAUCGCUAUCGGUGAACGAGAUGACUACGGAGAUUACACGUAUGAAUGUCGUCAAAACUACAACGGCAGCAUACAGAUGUGCAGCGUUGGUUGCAUCCAUGAAGGAAAACACUAUAAAGUUGGAGAUCAGUGGCCGGAUGGUGAAUUCGUAUUCUAUUGUAAAAGUAACGGUGGACGAUGUCGUAAGGUAUGCAUUGGCUGUCAACAUCGUAAUAAACGUCUCUAUGAUGGAGAUCGAUACAAUGAAAAAGGUUCAGUGUAUCAGUGUGAGAUUCGCCCUAACUCGUACGGACAUCGACCAGUUGCUUGUAUGUCAAAAGAACUUGAUGGUUCAUCAGUAGAACGAGUAAUUGGAUGCCGAUGGUACCUACAGUCUCCAAACUCAAAAAUCGAGCAAACUUGCGAGUUGGAUGGCACGAAAACUGCCGUACGAACUAUUGGGUGUAUCUACAGGCAUAACGGUUAUGACACCAUCUUCCUCAGUCCAGGACGAUACACGAUAUGGAAUUUACCGCAACUACAGAAAAAAUCCGUAGGACUUGCGUGUAGGGAAACCAGCGACGGUGCAACAUUGGACGUGUUCGAUAUUUCGCAACUUAAUGAACAUACGCAAGGAUUAACGUAUGACCAACCUCGAGGAAAAUAA